AAGCAAAUGGGCGUGUACACCCCAAUCAUUGGUUUCACAAGAGGAAAUUAGCCACCAUACAUAUCGUCAUCAUAUUUAUAGUGUGCUCGAGCUUUCUAACCAUCAUUUUCACUCCAGUCACCGGCGACAUCAAGGAAGACAAUGGAGCCUCUCAUCUUUUGUCUCUGUGCCAUCCUGGCUUCACAAGCUAGGAGCGAGCCAGUGCCAACUGGGCCAAUGGUCAAUGUCAACGAGGGUACCCUACAAGGAUUUACAGCUCGUUAUCAAGAAGACACCCAGCUUCAAGUUGACAAGCAAGUUGAUGUAUUUUUGGGGGUGCCAUUCGCUGAUCCUCCUGUAAGAUUUGCGGCUCCAGAACCCAAAACACCAUGGACCGGGGUGUAUGACGCCACUGCAUUCAAACCAGCCUGUCAACAAGCACCAUCACCGAUCUACCCUGAUCAAAGUGAAGACUGUCUCUACCUAAAUGUAUAUGCACCAAGUCCUAAGCCGUCUAAAGCUGCUGUAAUGGUAUGGAUCCAUGGAGGUGGUUUUUCGGAAGGAUCUAUCAUGUCAGUCGGCUUCUCAGGAGGACCUAUUGUGAGCGUUGGAGAUGUCAUCCUCGUUACCAUCAGUUAUCGGCUUUCUAUAUUUGCAACCUUCACAACCAAGGAUGAGGCUGCCCCUGGAAACUUUGGUAUGCUCGAUCAAGUUGCUGCACUCAAAUGGGUGUACGAGAAUAUCGAAGCAUUUGGUGGUGAUAAGAAGAGGAUAACCUUGGUCGGAGAGAGUGCCGGAGCCGCCAGUGUGAGCUUCCAUUUACUCUCCCAGCUGAGCAGGGACUAUUUCACCCAGGCUAUAAUGCAAAGUGGAUCCUCUCUUGCAUAUUGGGCUUACAGAGACGAUGAUGAAUCUGAAAUGGCGAAGGUGGAGAGCCUUGCAUCAGCAAUGAACUGUGAGGCGAAGAACUCUACAGCUUUGGUUGAGUGUCUAAGGUCUAAAGAUGCAGAAGAAUUAAGAUUAGCAUCAAGCACGGUUUACACUGAACAUUACGUAGUCGUCGAUGGUAACUUUUUAGAAGCCAGUCCCCCCGAGCUCUACAAAAGGGAUGAUUUUAAGAAAAUUCCGAUGAUGUCAGGCUUCACAAAAGACGAAGCAUCUUUCUAUGCCCUUUUUGAUUUCAUUCCUGAACCCCCUAUCUCUGGGAAAGUCUUUACGGAGCUGAUAGCUGGCACCCUCCAAGAAUUUGGUAUUGACGGAGAAGACGUCGUGGGUGUGGUUUUGCAAGAAUACGUUGAUUGGACUAUUGCCGAUGAUCCAGAAGCAGACUACUUCCAAGCCAUCGUCGACUUCUUUACUGAUACACAUUACGCCUGCCCAGCGGAUGAGGAGCUCAGGUUUCAUGCUGGUGAGGGUAGUCCUCUGUUCGAGUACUACUUCACUCAUGUUCCUAGUCAGAGUAUUUUCACUAUCGGACAGGAAGCCGUACCUUGGCUUGGAGCUGGUCAUGCAGAGGAUAUUCCGCUUGUCUUUGGUUGGCCAUUUAUAGAAGAAAUGGUAACCUAUGUUGGGUUUAACCUCACAGCCGAAGAAAAGGAACUUUCUCAUAAAAUCAUACAGUUCUGGACCAACUUUGCGAAAUCUGGUGACCCAAGCAAAGCUUCCGAAAAUGCUGCCCCUGGUGAAAAUGAAUACAGUUGGCCGGCCUUUGAAGUUCCUGGUCUCCGUUAUAAGGAAUUAUCAACAGAGCUUGGAGAAGGCAGAGCCAUAAAGGCCAGGAAAUGUGCUUUUUGGAGAGAAUACUUCCCUGAGGUCUUGAGUACUUUAGGGGCGCUAGACGCUGAAGAUGAUGACGAAGAGAAUUUGGAUGAGCCAGGAUCACAUGAAGUAUUGGCAGAGUAUCGAGAACUCUUAGGGGAAUGGCGACGAGAGUUUCAAGCAUAUAUGGAACACAGGGGCAACCGAUGUCCUGCAGAAUAACAAGGCUUUUUAAUAUCUUUUAAGCCCGUUGAUUGAUUUGAUAUAUAUUUUGCAAUAGAAAAUUAGAGGAUAGGUUAUAUGGUUAUAUCAAAAAGCUCUUGAUAAAUUAUCUACAAAAAAUGCAGUAUCGUGGAUAAUUUCUGUUUGGUGCAAACAGUUUUGUAGUCUUAAUGAAACAACUUAGUUUUGCGUAAUUGUGACAAGCCAUAUUUUACAGGCCUCUUUUCAGUUUAAGAUAUUUGAAACAUGAAUAGGCAUACAUUGUUCAUUAUCAUCUAUUUAAUGAUAACUAACAUCCGAUAAAUGGAAUUUGAAUACAGCUCGAUAUUUUGAAGGUCUGUAGUCUGAAAUUUCAUUAAUCCAAUGAAGGUUAUUAUAUUCCGAUGGUUUGUUAUUCUGAACUUAGAAAUAAGGUUCGCUAACAAUAAUAUAGGGCCUAACCACAAAACGGAAUUAGCUUCGCAAUGAUUGGAACUUGACGUACCUUAUUUUAUUUUAGGUCUAUCAAACAUCGCAAAAAUUAAACCAUAUUUCAUUUCCGGAUUAACGAUUCUUUCUGCAUAACAAAUCUCUUUUGAAUCAAUCAUGUCUAUCAUUGUGUUUCAUUGUAACUGAUAUUGGAAAUGCAUAUCCAUCAUAGUAAAUUGCAUUAUAAUACAACUACGUUGCACUUUAUAAUCAUUUUGUGUUCUUAGAUAAACUUGGUAAGGAAAUUGUAUUUCGAAAAUCAUGAUUAAAAGGUUAAUCCUUAAUUGAUGAAUCAAUUACUAGGAAUAUAAAAGUAUUAUACCUAUAGGAAGCAAAAAUCAAAAUUAACUUAUAUAAUGCAAUCAUGUCAGUAACUUAUUGCCAUCCCGGCUUAACAGUUUCAGGUUGGUUUCGUUUUGAAUGAUUAUUCUGAUUAUUCAGUGAAUAUUUGGUAUAUUCUCUAGUUGCCACUGAUGCAAAAUCUAGUAGACACUCAAUCUGAAUU